CCAGAAAAGGGUUGGGAAUGAUGAUUACAUAAAGGUCACGCAGCAAAGUGCCAGCAAUUGUAUUCGGCAAGUGUCCCAAGCAAUGUCGCAGCAUCUCCUUCGGAAAUUUGUGCAAUACCCAAGUGAUCAGAGAGCACAAGAAAAUAUAAAGGAGGAGUUCUUCAAUUACUGUGGAAUAGGAGGCGUACUUGGUGCAAUUGACUGCACACAUGUAGCAAUAAUUGGCCCACCUAAUGAUGGCUUUCACCAGGAGCGGAAUUAUGUCAACCGUAAAGGCUGGCAUUCCCUAAAUGUACAACUAAUUUGUGACAUGGAUACAAAAAUCUUAAAUGUUGUGGCUCGUGCCCCUGGUUGUACCCAUGAUUCCUUCAUCUGGCGUUCUUCAAAUUUGAAGACGGCAUUUGAUGAAGGAAACAAAAUCCAUGGUGAUGGGUGGCUCUUAGGUGACGCUGGUUACCGGCAAGAACGACACUUACACGUUCCAAUAGAAGGUGCCAUCCCAGGAUCGGAUGAAGAUAAAUAUAAUGCAGCUCAUGCAAAAGGCAGGUGUGUGAUAGAACGAUGUAAUGGCAUCCUGAAAAACAGAUUCAGGUGUCUCUUAAAGGAUCGUGUGUUACAUUACCUGCCUGAAGUUGCAGCGCACAUUACAAAUUCAUGUGUAAUUUUACACAAUAUGUGUGUAGAAGAUAACAUAUACUGGGAAGAUGCAGUUCUCGAUGAAGAGGACGAACUGUUUGAUACCGUCGAAGAUGAUGAUGAAUAA